UGUGGAGUGGUUGAAAAACAAGUUUUAAUGGCUCCAACCUAAGUGUAUGUAAACUUCCGACUUCAACUGUAGGCUAUUUUUUAUUUGACUGAAAUAAAUAUAGGCCUAUCAUUUUCUUAAGUGAAAUGCAUGCUUAUGGUGAUGAUUAUUUUUUGUCAAGAAAUUUUAAAUAUCAAAAAGACAACCUUCUUACAUUGGAUGAAUAAUAACCAAGUACCGGUAAUUGAUUUGAAAGUGAAAGUUCCUGGAUAGACCACCAGGAUGCGCCACGGUACCCGAGAUCAUCAUUCCGCCGAGGACCCUCCCAUUGGUGGCAAGUUUUGUUACUGCAAUAAUCUGAUUGGAUGGGGGAGACCGUUAUUGUAUGUCUGACUGGCUAGACUGCUUGAUUUACCAGCUGACGGGGGAAGUUGGCGUGGAUCACUGACAUUAAACCAAACGAUUAUUUGAUCAUCCUGCGUCGCAGUGUGUAUAAUCAUAAUUUGAAGACUUGGGAUCUCGCAAUGAAGACAGAUGAUGCUCAGUAACCAAGCCAGACGCCAAUGAAAGAUAACCGUCUGCUGCCAUGACAACCAGUCGCUGCACUCUGUUGCCGGAGGUGCUGCCAGAGCAUUCUGACUCUGCCCACACAGUGAGCUGCUUGAGCGACAGGGACUUUGAUCCAAUGGGGAGCCUGGACUACCCGACAGAGCCUGACCUCCCAGGAAAAGCAAUUGAAGAGCAGAGCAGUCCGGCCAAUGGAGAGCCGCAGUACUACAUGCAAGUGUCUGCCAAGGAUGGGCAGCUGCUGUCACCUAUCGUGGGAGCGUACGCCAAACAGAGCCCUCUGCCUGAGCGGCCCAUGUGUCGGAUCUGUCAUGACGGAGGGGGUCAGGAGGAGCUGCUCUCCCCCUGUGAGUGUGCAGGGACCCUGGGUACCAUCCACCGGAGCUGCCUGGAGCACUGGCUCUCUGCCUCUGGCACCAGCGCUUGUGAGCUCUGCCACUACCAGUUCACUGUACAGAGGAAGAACCGGCCACUGAUGGAGUGGGUGCGUAACCCGGGCCUGCGCCAGGAAAAACGGACGCUGUUCGGCGACAUGGUGUGCUUCCUGCUCAUCACGCCUCUGGCCACAAUCUCGGGGUGGCUGUGUCUGCGGGGGGCCGUGGACCACCUGCACUUUUCCAGCCGCCUGGAGGCCGUGGGCCUCAUUACCCUUACCGUGGCCCUCUUCACCAUCUACCUCUUCUGGACCCUGGUGUCGCUCAGGUAUCACUGUCGGCUGUACAACGAAUGGCGGCAGACCAAUCAGAGGGUGGUGCUUCUCCUCCCCAGGUCACAUGGUGAACAGUCUGCUCCGCCCUCUUCACGAGGCCCAUCUCGUGAAAAAUGGCCAUCCAAAGAGACUAUUGUCUGAGCAGCCCUCUCUUCAAAAGCCAUGAAGGAAAAACACUGAGGAAGAAUGGGGAUAGUUCCAUAGGCGCCGGAACAGUAUUUGCUUCUGGUGCCCUCCAGUGCUGAACUUUGAAGUGCACACAAAUGUCAUUAACUUAAAAUGCAGCAUUACAUCCCACCACUGCCACCAAAAUGUCAUAUAGAGAUGGACAGGUACAUUUGGUGAUAUAGAUGGGGUGGAGUGCGUAGUUGGUUAUAAAGCAUUUGGACUGAAGGACAGCCAGGAAAAGUUUGCCACUGUGACCAUUACAUGCUGUGAUUGGUGAUUCCUGUGAAGUGCAGAAAACAUUGUGUCCGGUUCAUAUAACAUACCAACAUAAUCCUGUGUAUAGUAUUACUAUAUUAGUCACAUUCUACCAAUCAACAAGUCAAAGCCCAGAGUGUAAAUAAGUACUUCAACUACUUCAGUAUUUUACAUAGCAUUAAACUGUUACCUUUACCUACAUGUGUGGGUCUCUGUGCCUCAAACCAGGGUCAUGUUCAUUAUGCACCAAACAGAAAACUUACUGAAACAGUGAGGGACUACCUGGACAUCCAGUAAGACUCAUUUUUCAUUCUGUUUCAAAAGUAUUUCAAACGUUUCACUACGGUGUGCCCUGCUGAACACGAUCCAACUUAAGACAGGCUUUGUGGAGUGUUAAACAGGGCAUAGGUUGAUGUAGGCCUAUAUUAGCGGCUCAGUCUUUCUUUGCAACACCUUCAUUAACAGUUUAAGUACAUUGACCUUAACAUAUCAAAGGGACAUUUUGAAUUAAUUUAUAUUUUGGCUACAAAGUAGUUUUGUGUGAAAAAUACAAUAUGGUCUCAGUUGAGAACUGGUUGACUGUGGUAUAUGUUAAUAUUUUUAGUGUUAGUCAUUCACUUCACUUACAAAUAGCUGUGUUUGUUAGACAUCCCAUCUGACUCAUGAGUGGUCAUUGUGUUGAUUUUCUUUUGUUCAAGUAUUUUGUAGUCACUGCCUUGUAAAGUAUUCUUCUGUGAUAGUUCUCUUCCUAGAAAUGGUUGUAUAGCCAAGACUAUUCAGGUUGAUUAGAAGGGCCAAAAACACUUACAUUUUCUGUCUAGGGAACUUCUUGUUAUACCAGAUGCAUUAACCCAUCAAAGUAUAUUUUUUAAAUCAUAUUGAGUACAUGGUGCACUUAUUAACUCUUCAGCAUCUUCAUUUGAUUAAAUGUCGGGAUUCACUAGGCUACACAUUGAGCUUGUUGGUGAAGUGGAAUAAACGUUAUGUUUGUGUGUCCGGAUGGCAUUUUGAUAAAAUGUAUUUCAUCUCUACAGUUAUUUUAUCAGCUGUUUCCAAUAAAAAUAUGAACUUAA